CGCUGCCACGACGAAACACCGACCGGCUCUUAGAAUACGUAGUAUAGCUUCGGAGGAAGCAACGCCUUAGCAGCUUUAAGUCAUGCCCAACCGAUUGCGGUCCAAUAGCUUAACUGCCGCACUGGCAUUCCGUGUGUCGGAGGGGCUUGAUACGGACUAGUAAUAAUUCAAGCAAUGAGAAGAAGAGCAUGGUGCAACAAGCUGCGAUCGGCCUGUCGAGCCUUUAAAGCAAGCAAGCUCCACUUCCAAUAUUUCUAACAACAUUAAGACUUGUGAGAGCAGCAUCACCAAGGUUGCAGAUUCUUCGAUCGGAAAAUCCGCGAGCAUUUCAUCUAUCAAAUUUCAUUUAUCGAAUCUGAUGCCAUGGACCAGAAUCUGGAUGAGAAUGCUGUUAGAGAUUUAGAGCAUGAGCUCCAUACCGAAAUCUAUCCAGGAACGGAGAUUAUGAAAGAUGUUGGAACCCAUCACUUCGUCAAAUUGUCAGCUGGAGCAGGUCUAGUCUUGGUCCCUCAACCUAGCGAUGAUGAGCACGAUCCUCUCAACUGGAGUCCUAUGUGGAAAGGUUUUACUAUUAUGUGCGCUACUAUGGUCUCUUUCUCUCAAGGAUUUGGACCAUUAGCAUUGGCGCCUAUGUUCGGAGACUAUAUCGUCGCGUUUGACUCGAACUUAACCGAUGUCGUACAAUUUACUGGUGUUGCAAUUUUGGUGCUCGGAUUUAGUAAUUUCAUCUGGGUUCCCGUCCAGACUUGCUUUGGACGACGACCGGUGCUGAUCAUAUCGAUAUUUAUCUGCUUUGCUAGCAGUAUCUGGAGAGCAAGGGCGACCUCAUAUAAUAGUUUCAUGGGCGCAUGUGUGCUCAAUGGAAUCGGAGCUGGACCAGCAGAAACUGCACAGCCUGCUAUCAUCGCCGAUGUAAUCUUCCUCCACGAUCGUGGCAAAUAUCAAACUCUAUACUUUGCAUUCUAUUUUGGCUCCCUCAUGGCUGGACCUAUCAUCUCUGGUCCUAUGGCUCAACAGCUAGGGUGGCGAAACUUCUGGUGGCUCAACACUGCUCUCCUCGGCUUUGUAGGAGUAUGCUGCAUCUUCCUCUUCCCAGAGACCAAAUUCCAACGCUCUUUCGUACCUGCAAACAGCACAAUCACGCCGUCACUGUUGAAAUCACGGUCCUCUGAGCAUGUCGAAGGAAUAUCCGCUCAAAAUGGCAUCCCUAGUUCAAUGAUAGACGAUGCUGAGUUGCAGAAAGAAAAACCAGUUCAAUCCCAGGAGCCGACAACGAAAUCUGAGGGUAGCGAGACCCUCACUCACAUCCACACCCAUCAAGAUCCGUGGCUCGGCCGCGGCAAACCGUCGAAGGCCCAGUGGAGACUCUGGCAACCUUACGAGGGAAACUUCUUCAUAGAGCUUUGGAUGCCGUGGUAUCUUUUGGCUUUCCCUAUCGUUGAGUUCUCGGCUUUUAUCGUAUCCUGGUCAGCCUCUUGCUUCUUGACUCUCAAUUUAACACAGUCACAAGUAUUUGCUGCUCCGCCAUAUAACUUUUCUUCUACUAAAAUUGGGUUUUUAAAUUUCGCUAUCUUGAUUGGUGCUCUUAUUGGUCUUUUAACAGCUGGUCCAUUAAGCGACGCGGUUGCAGCGAGGUUAACGAAGAGGAAUAAGAGCAUUCGUGAACCUGAAAUGCGUCUAUUAGCUAUGAUUCCCUAUGUUAUUCUUAUGGUUAUUGGAAAUGUGAUUGUUGCUGUUGGAUAUGAACACAAAUGGGACUGGAAGGUUAUCGUUAUAAUCGGCUAUACCUGCGCGGGUAUACAAGUCGCGGCCCUACCAUCUAUCUCCUCCACCUACUCCAUCGAUUCGUACAAACCUGUCGCAGGGCCAAUCUUUGUCGCUAUUACUAUUAACAAGAAUGUCUGGGGAUACGGUUUCUCGAAAUUCAUUACGCCAUGGACUAUCAAGAGCGGCUAUAUCCAACCCAUUAUGACGAACAUGAGCUUGACUCUUCUGUGGUGUCUUACUGGGAUCAUUUUCUGGUAUUUUGGAAAAACGUUCAGGAAGUGGACGCAGCACUCGAAAGUUCACAGUUUGUAAGGGGCAUACUGCGAUAGGAAGAGCGCUUGUGAGACUUAGUGUGAAUUAAUGGGGGUUGUACGGC